UACUAGAGUACAAGCUCGAUUCCGUCCAGUAGCAGAGAUCGUGGUAGGGAGAGAGUUUUGAGAGCCUAUCAGCGUAACAUUUCAACUCAUGAAUGACAUUCAUUUGUUCAGAAGUUAUAUAAAUUAUCAUUGGUAUCGUGUGGUUUAUUUAACUUCUUAAAAGAAAGCUAACGGAGCGGUUAUUUUGUUCGGCUGACUAAGCUAACCGACGAUUAUCACAGUGCGUCUGUCAAAUCGGUACUUCCGCUGAGCUCGCGGACGAGCAGGAAAACAUGACGAGUUUUGCCAGUCAAGUUUUUGCCAGGGUCGACAGGUUUUGUCGCCCCCUCCCCAUGGUCCUCAACACCUUCUUGGUCUUCUCCAUCACCGGGGAGGUGAGCUACUUGGUGCUGCUCGAGGCUCCGCUGGACGCGGACCAGAAGAAGACCGUGUGGUCCGCCUGGUGGAAAGCGGCGCACCUGCUGGCUCAGUACUUCAUGCUGGGGAACAUCUGCUGGAACGCGCUGCUCUUCCACAGGACCAGCCCCAGCAUCAAAGGGGUGUUCUUGGGUGGAGAGGGCAUGGGCCAGGGGUGGAGGUACUGUUAUACCUGUGAGACACACACUCCUCCUCGAUGCUCCCACUGCUACGACUGCAACGUGUGCGUGCUGCGGAGGGAUCACCACUGCGUCUUCUUUGGCCAGUGUGUGGGCUUCCGUAACUACCGGUACUUCCUGAGCUGCUUGUUAUUCAUGUGGUCGGGGCUGCUGUACGCCACUCUGAUGAAUGCAGAGGUCUUCCUUGUCAUAUUGAAGGAGGGCUUGACGGUGCACAGCAUCCUGCUGCUGCUCAUUCCCUGGCUCAUGCUAGUUUCAGGCCAGGUCUCGGCACGUGCUUUUGCCUUCGCCUUCAUCGCCGAUACAUGCGUCGUGGGCUUCCUGCUGGUGUCCGCCUUCUUCUUCUUCCAUCUCGUCCUGAUGCUUCGGGGACAGACCACCAAGGAGUGGUACUCGACCCGCCAACCCUACAGCCUGGGGCUGCGGGGCAACCUGCGUCACGCUCUGGGCCUUCGCUGGUACCUCUGCUGGCUCUGCCCACUCAUCCCAUCACCUCUCCCUGGAGAUGGGAUGAACUUCCAGGUUACGGGAUCGCUGGAAUCCACCCAGUAACGGCUGAAACAGGCCGUGUGUCUUUGCUUUAAUGGGGAUGGUUAAUGUUAUCGGGAGCAGCAGGGAACAUCACCUCAG